ACCAUCACCGCCACCAUGCCUGGCGUCCUCUCUCAAUCACCUGCUACGGUGCCAAGUAAGCGAGUGUUGCAGGACAACACCGCCUCCCGCCGUAACCAACAAGCCUCAUCGUCGCCCAACAAGAAACGCAGGCUCGACGACUCGAAGUCUUCUCAGUUCAAGCGGCCGGCUGUCAAAGGCAGAAAUGGCGUGGGGUCAAGUCAACCCAAGAGCCAAUUUGAAGAGGAGGUGCUGGAAAAGCUGACGCAGGACAUUGAUGCCUUGAAACAUAACAACGCUGAGAAGGACCAGCAAUGGGCACGUCCGAGUCUGGAUGGCUUCGAUGCGAAAACAGACACUCUGAGCUUUCAGUGCAUCGACAACGAGGAAGGAACGCUGCAGGGCGGCAAAACCACUGUCAAGCUGUUUGGUGUCACGGAACAGGGCAAUUCCGUGCUCCUUCAUGUCACCGACUUUUUGCACUAUCUUUACGUCGCAGCUCCCAUUGCAUUCACCAAGAAUGAUUGCGAACCAUACAAGGUCUUCUUGGAAUCUACUUUGGCUCAGCAUUCGGCAGUCAUCCAUUCUGUUCAGAUGGUGCUCAGAGAGAACCUGUUUGGCUUUCAAGGCAACACCAAGAGUCCCUACCUGAAGAUCACAGUGACCGACCCGAAAUACAUCAGCCGUCUGCGGACUGCUAUACAAGGAGGUAGUGCCAACUACAAGGGCCUCUGGAAAGCCGCAGAAGGCGGCAUUUUGACUUUCGACAACAUCCAGUACGUACUCCGCUUCAUGAUCGACACCUCGCUGGCUGGCAUGUCUUGGGUGAGUGUCAAUGCCGCGAAGUACCAUAUGGUACCCCAGCAAGAUCGACAAUCGCAAUGCCAAAUCGAAGCAUACUGUCAUUAUCGAGAUCUCAUUGCGCAUCCCAUCGAUGGAGAGUGGUCGAAGAUGGCGCCGCUGCGAGUCCUGAGUUUCGAUAUCGAGUGUGCUGGUCGGAAAGGCGUCUUCCCAGAGGCGUCCAUUGAUCCCGUCAUUCAAAUCGCGAAUGUGGUGACAAGAUAUGGAGAGGCGAAGCCCUUCGUGCGCAAUGUCUUUUGCAUGGACACCGUCAGCAGUAUUGUGAAUACGCAGUUGUUCGAAUUCGACCAGGAGGAGAAGAUGCUCAUGGCCUGGCGAGAUUUCUUGGAAGAGGUUGAUCCGGACGUCAUUAUUGGAUACAACAUUGCUAAUUUCGACUUCCCGUAUUUGUUAGACCGAGCAGCACACCUCAAAUGUGGCCAUUUUCCUUUCUGGUCACGGUUGAAGAAUGUCAGAUCGGUGGCUAAGGAAACGAACUUUGCCAGCAAGCAGAUGGGCAAUAGAGACUCCAAGGCCACCAACACCAACGGCCGAUUACAGUUGGAUCUUCUCCAGCUCAUUCAACGAGAUUACCAGCUCAGAAGUUAUACGCUGAAUUCCGUGUCAGCGCACUUCCUGAAAGAGCAGAAAGAGGAUGUGCAUCACACCAUGAUCACGGAGUUGUACAACGGCACUCCAGAGUCGCGUCGACGACUGGCGGUCUACUGCCUCAAGGAUGCAUAUCUGCCUCAACGACUCAUGGACAAGCUGAUGUGUCUCGUCAAUUACACUGAAAUGGCCAGAGUCACGGGGGUACCUUUCAACUUCCUCCUAUCGAAAGGGCAGCAAGUCAAAUUCAUCAGCCAGCUGUUUCGCAAAGCUUUGGAGCAGCAACUUGUGGUACCCGACCUCAAAUCGGAAGGCUCCGACGAGCAAUACGAAGGAGCAACUGUGAUCGAGCCCACUCGAGGGUACUAUGAUGUGCCGAUCGCUACGCUUGAUUUUGCAUCCCUGUACCCAAGUAUCAUGCAAGCUCACAACUUGUGUUACACUACACUGCUGAAUAAGAAUGCGAUCGCGAAGCUCAACCUCAAGAAGGACGAGGACUACAUCGUCACGCCCAAUGGCGAUCUCUUUUGCACAACAAAAGUGCGAAAGGGACUGCUUUCGCAAAUUUUGGAAGAACUGCUUGGGGCCAGAAAGCGGGCGAAGAAGGAGCUCGCAAUCGAGACUGAUCCAUUCAAGAAGGCUGUACUGAACGGUCGUCAGCUGGCUUUGAAGAUCAGUGCCAAUUCUGUCUAUGGUUUGACCGGAGCCACAGUAGGGAAGCUGCCAUGUUUAGCAAUCGCCAGUAGUACCACAGCAUAUGGUCGUCAAAUGAUUGAGAAGACGAAGGAAGAAGUCGAAGCCAGAUACACCAUCGCAAACGGCUACAGCCACGAUGCCCAAGUCAUCUACGGAGACACUGACUCCGUCAUGGUGAAGUUCGGCCCCAAUGAUUUGGCGAAAGCAAUGGAGUUGGGAAAUGACGCCGCAGACUACGUUUCCAACAAAUUUAUCAAACCCAUCAAGCUGGAGUUCGAGAAGGUGUACUACCCCUACCUUCUCAUCAACAAAAAGCGGUAUGCCGGGUUAUAUUGGACCAAGCCUGAUAAGUGGGACAAGAUGGAUACCAAGGGUAUCGAGACGGUGCGCCGAGAUAACUGUCGUUUGGUCCAAAAUCUCAUCGAGACGAGCUUGAAGAUGCUGCUGAUUGAUCAAGAUGUGCAGGGUGCUCAGGAUUAUGUCAAAGAAACUAUAUCCGAGCUUCUUCAGGGCCGAAUUGAUCUCUCCAAUCUGGUCAUCACGAAAGCCUUGUCCAAAACGGACUACGCCAAUAAACAGGCACACACGGAGCUCGCGGAACGUAUGCGGAAGCGAGAUGCCGGUUCGGCUCCAGCUUUGGGUGAUCGAGUGGCGUAUGUGAUGGUGAAAGGAGCGGCUGGGUCGAAAGGCUGGGAGAAGUCGGAAGACCCCAUCUUCGUGCUGGAAAACAACAUGCCGAUUGACACCAAGUAUUAUCUGGACAACCAACUGGCCAAGCCGUUGGGACGUAUUUUCGAACCGAUUCUGGGGGAAAAGAAAGCAGCGUCUCUGCUCACUGGCGAGCAUACGCGGUCGGUCACGGUGUCGGCGCCGACGAUGGGAGGACUCAUGAAGUUUGCCAAGAAGACGGAAACGUGUUUGGGGUGCAAGAAGCCGCUGACGAUGAAAGAAGAGAGUGGCGGUGCAGUGGGAGCGGAGUGCCGACCGCGGUUUGGAGAACUGUAUCAGAGGAGUUUGACCAAGACAGCCGAACUGGAGAUACGGUUUGCUCGACUGUGGACGCAGUGUCAGCGAUGUCAGGGAAGUAUGCACAACGAGGUCAUUUGCUCGAGUCGGGAUUGUCCGAUCUUCUACAUGCGGAUGAAGGCGAAGAAGGACGUGGAAGAUGCUGCAAAGGAGAUUGAGAGAUUUGAUCGGGAUGCUACACUUUGGUGA